AUCCGCCCAGCCUGGCGUCACGGGUACCGACAAGAUGGCCGAGAGUACGGUACGAAAGUGAGAGGGGGGAAACAACAACACUGGCGGGCGAUCCUCGGCGCGGAUGCCGGAGCAGUAGCCGGAGACGAGUCGGUGCAAAGUGAAGAAUAAACCGCGGGGGGAUCGCUGCACCCAAGCCUCCGCUCCGUGGCUGACAUCUGCGGCAUGCAGGCGGAUCCAGCUCCCAGUCCGUCCGCUGACAACGUUCGUCAGGUCGGCUAGCAAGCGAGCUAACCAUGCUAGCUAGCUGACAAGCCCGUCAGCCAGAGAAUCCGCGUGCAGGAAGGGACAGUUUGGCUCAUUGGGAUAAAACAUCUGCUGUUGGCUCCUCGUUUCUGCAAAGUGGACUUUGCUGCAGCAGCAUGUUUCCACUGAGUUUGGAUUCAACCCGCUAGCUAAGGCAUAGCAUCGGUUAGCAAGCUAACAUUGCGGAUUUCUCCAGGGUUAGCAUUAGCUAGCAGCAGCCCGUUAGCUUGCUCAGCUGUUUUUUGGGGGACGUGGGUUGUUCCGACGCAAGAGAAGGAGCUCCGGUGUGUGUGGAGGACAUUUCCUUCACCUAAAAGCACCACCUCCCUACGGUUCUGAGUAAACUGGUCCUGGAGGGUUGCUGACAUUCAGCGGGACUGUACACAGAGGUGAAGCCGGGGAGGAGCUCAGCGCUGCGGCUGCCGGACGAGGCGCACAUCCAGGCAGCAGCGGCACCAUGGCCCAUUCUCCCGUCCAGGGACACCUGCCAGGGAUGCAGAGUACUGAGGUGAUCCAUCCUGUAGUUUUAUGCGUAAUCCUGCUAACGAGCAGAUAAAGAGUGCAGUGGAAAACAAAACAUCCUGUGCAGAGAAUACCAAAGCGGACCCGGAGGAGCUGUUCACCAAGCUGGAGCGCAUUGGCAAGGGUUCGUUCGGCGAGGUUUUCAAAGGCAUCGACAACCGCACGCAGAAAGUGGUGGCCAUCAAGGUCAUAGACCUGGAGGAGGCCGAGGACGAGAUCGAAGACAUCCAGCAGGAGAUCACAGUGCUGAGCCAGUGCGACAGCCCCUUUGUCACCAAGUACUACGGCUCCUACCUGAAGGACUCUAAGUUAUGGAUCAUUAUGGAGUAUCUAGGAGGAGGCUCAGCAUUAGACUUGAUGGAGCCCGGAGCCUUGGACGAGACCCAAAUCGCCACCAUCCUGAGGGAGAUCCUGAAGGGACUGGAGUAUCUGCACUCGGAGAAGAAAAUCCACCGGGAUAUCAAAGCCGCCAAUGUGCUGCUGUCCGAGCAAGGGGAGGUGAAGCUGGCAGACUUCGGCGUGGCCGGCCAGCUCACCGACACCCAGAUCAAACGCAACACCUUUGUCGGCACGCCCUUCUGGAUGGCACCCGAGGUCAUCAAGCAGUCAGCCUACGAUUUUAAGGCUGACAUCUGGUCUCUGGGCAUCACGGCCAUCGAGCUGGCGAAAGGCGAGCCGCCGCACUCCGAGCUCCAUCCCAUGAAGGUUUUAUUCCUCAUCCCAAAGAACAACCCGCCGACACUGGAGGGAAACUACAGUAAACCGCUCAAGGAAUUUAUCGAGGCCUGUCUCAAUAAAGAGCCCAGUUUUAGACCAACUGCCAAAGAGCUGUUGAAGCAUAAGCUGAUAGUUCGCCAUGCGAAGAAGACCUCGUACCUGACUGAGCUGGUGGACAAGUACAAGAGGUGGAAGGCUGAGCAGUCUCGAACCGCAGAGUCCAGUUCUGAUGAGUCGGACUCAGAGCAGGAUGGCCAGGCGUCAGGAGGGAACGACUUUGGCAGUGAUGACUGGAUCUUCACCAUCCGAGAGAAGAACCCCAAGAAGCUGCAGAAUGGAGAGGGCCAGUCGGGGGCCGCAGAUCAGACGAAAGACAUUCCAAAGAGGCCUUAUUCACAGAGCCUGGCCACAGUCAUCUCUCCUGCAUUAGCUGAGCUGAAGGCGAGACAGGAGCAGGUGAACGGGAACCCCAUGGUCCUGGACGAACUGAGGGAGGCCAUCCUGCUGGCUGAGGAGUCCUACCCCAGCAUCUCCGACUCCCUGGUGGCCCACAUGGUCCACAGGCUGCAGAGUUUCUCUACAAGCAGAACGUCCUCCUCCCCAUAGUGAUUUGCUCUCUGCUACCCGCCCUGCUCUCCCAGGCCCACCCACCCCAACACCACAGCCACUUCAGAGGGUUUAAAGUCAGGGGGUCAACGCAUUCAAAACCAGUUGACCAUGUUUCAGCUCCUGAGUGUGGGGAGGGGGCCACCAACCCCAGCCUGUAAAAAAAAAAAAAAAAAAUGACUGAACUCUGAAGCGGAAGAUACUUUGGAGAGCUUCUUUUUGCCUCUUAAGAGAAGGGGGGCAGCAGAACCCCCCCCCCCCCCCCCUCGUGGAUUUGGCUGUGACUCUAAGGUCUGCUCAACCCGCGGGGAAAAAUGACAACAGCCAAGUCGGACUCUGGGCUCUGGACUCAGAGUUUGCUCAGCAAGGAGCCGAAGAUCCCCCCCCAAACCCCAGACGAGACUGGAGUCCCCUUCUGAAUGCAGGCGUCAUAUCCCCAGAACCUCUGAAAGCAUGCUUGAUGAACCUGCAGGGAUAUCAGUGUGCAAGCUGCGUGUGUGCGUCUGCGAGUGUGCGUGCGUGCAUGUGUGCUCUUGCGUAUGUAAGACUCCCUGUUUAGGCAAAUUGCAGCAUUCUUAAUGAAACCUCAGGUAAAGUGCUUUAAGUGGACUUUGUCCUCCGAGGCAAUGCGAGGAGGCGGAUGGGGGAGGGAGGGUGUCGCCAUGCUGUACAUGAUUACAAGUUGUCAUUGCGGGAAAUGAAUCACUGUGUACAAAAUGGUCAUGCACAUUUUGUUGAUAUUGAUAAUGUUUAAAAGUAGAUAUUUAAAGAUUUCAAGAGUUACUCCGACGGAACAGAAAAUGCCUUGCCUUUAUAAAAUACACACACACACACAUACACACAUCUAUGUUCUGGCAUUUCAUCAAACACUUUUUAUUUACUCGUCGUUGAGUGAGACUCUGUUCAGUAUUCAUCAGUGUUUUCUCUCGGGUGUGACCGAGCUACGAUCUCUCAUUUCAAUCACCUGCUGAAUCAUUGAACUAACUCUGAUACUAAGCUGAUUUUGUUUAGAGGCAGAAACUUUUCCUUAGUCCUUGUAGUCAGGGAAGGGAGCUCCUUCCUGUGCUGAUGUUUAGACGAUUUAAGUCCGUUUUUAAAUUGUUUAGGACAAAGAUGAAGGUUGACGAGUCAGCAGCGGCUCUUAAUAACACAGGAACCACUAUGGUUCAAAUGGUGAUAUCAUGUGAAGUAUUAUUUUUCCAUUAAAUUACUUGCAAAGCUAAAGUGAGGGAUGAGGACCGCCGCAGGCAAACACAUCAUGACACUUGCUCAUGGCCAAACUAAACCGUAGAUCAGGACACGCCAAGCUGCAGAAACCAACGCCAUCCAGAUCCCCUCGCUCCAGACGUGCGUGCUCUGAUUCCACGCCAUGCUAGAGAAGUGCCAUGUCCUCUUUUACGCUUUCACCGGAUGUUUGUAGUAUGAUUUGCACCUUUUUUUUUCUCCUAAGUUUCAGAUCAGUUUUUUUUGCACUUUGAAAGUGUGUCGAGUAUUUAAAGAAAAACUGAAAGAGGAGGAAAAAAGAACCACAAAACGAAAAAAGUUGCUAAUAGCCAUGUUUUACUAUACAUGUUUACUUAAGAGUUCCAGAAUUUUACUACUGUGCUAACGCAGCAAUAAUGUUGAGGAGUUGCAUCAAGACGCACUUGUCAACACAGGGAUUGAAAGAAAUUAAGAAAUAUCUGAUAUUUUUAUAACUGCAAAGAGUUAAGUAUGGAAAUAUGGAAUGCUUUAUGGAUAUGGGCAAAAAAUAUCUAUACCUUACAGAAAAACAUAUGCUACGGAAAUAACUACAAAAAUGUGUACAUUUGGUCUCCUUUAUCAUAGCUGACAGUUUAUAGUACUGUAUAUAAUCUUUGCUUGUGUCAUUUGAGAAUUCCCAAGUUAAAUGUAAGCUCCUUGUAAGCUUUCAAAGUGACAUGAGAAAUAAAGAUCUAAUGGUAACAGAA